GCUAGGCAUUUGCGUUUAAAGCAUCGUAAAGUUUAUGGACGAAUGCAUAGAUAGUUUGAAAAAGAAAAAAAAAGCCUGUUAUCGGGAGAUCAAAAUCAACCUUAUGUUGGGCAAAGAACUACUGCAGCAAUGUUAGUGGCAGAAAGUACCGGUGCGAUAUUUGUGAUUUAAUAUUAAUUCCAUAAGGUGCUUUGGUAAUAUGAAACGUCACUUUAGUCGCAUACAUCCUUAUAUUUAUAAUCAGGAAAUGAAUGAUGUGACUGGUAUCGUGAUCGAAACUGUAGAUACUCCAGCUUCUGCCACCAAAAAAUAUUUAGACGACGUGGAACAUUGUACAUCAAAUAAAUCUGAAGAAUCUGAAGAAGGAGGUGAUGAGGACUCAGCCCAAGAAGAAGCAUACUCCGAUUUAGAACAGGUUGAUAGUGGAACUGUGUUGAACAAACCUGAUCCCAAUUUUGAAGAGAAAAUUAAAAAUGUUUGUACUAAACCUAUUUCGGAAAGAAGAUGCUGGAGACUUCAGACAAAGAAGAUUAAGUUUUAAGUCGAUUUCAUUAUAAUGAUCCUGUCUACUGCCAUUGUACUGCCUCCGAAAAUUAUGUUAAGGCUUGACUGAUUUACUUUUAUCCUGUAUUUUAAAUUAAAUUUUUCAACACAAAGAGAUGCGUUGUUUUAUUAACACUAAUCAAUAGUCGACAUUUUUCAUUUUAUUGAUGUAUAAGUUUUAUAGAAUAUUAAUAAAAAAUGUACUACUUUGUC